AUGGAUCCGAGGCAGUUCCAGCAGCUAAUGGAACAUCAAACACACAUGUUCACACAACUUUUUAAAUCAGUGACGUCAACAAACCAGGAGACUCGAACCAAUGUUCCGGUUCCCCAACCGUCACCGCUAUCCCUGGAGGGGGAUAUGGAGGCCAAUUUCGAGUUUUUCGAAAGAAAUUGGCUAAAUUAUGUGCAAGCAACGGGAAUGAAUAGCUGGCCAGAGGGAGACAACGCUAGAAAAGUUAGCCUAUUGUUGAGUGUUAUCGGAGAAGAAGCGAAGAAAAAAUAUUUCAACUUCGAGCUGACCAACGAAGAAAGUGUUAAUCCGGAUGCAGCACUUGCAGCGAUCAAACAAAAAGUGAUAGUCAAGAGAAAUAUUAUUGUCGAUCGCUUAGAUUUUUUCUCCGCUUUCCAGUUACCAACAGAGUCCACAGAUCAGUUCUCAUCAAGACUUAGGCUGCUAGCUAGAGUAGCCAGGCUGGCGCCCCUAGAAAAUGAUCUUGUGACGUACAAGAUGGUAACCGCGAAUAAAUGGUCACACCUGCGUACGAAAAUGUUGACCAUCACAGAUAUUACCCUCGAAAAGGCCAUAGAUCUAUGUCGCGCUGAAGAAAUUGCAGCCAAAAGAGCUACAGAACUUGGAAUGCCGCACAUUCAAGGUGAAGUGAAUAAAGUGAGAAACUCAAAAGCAUCUCCGAAGAAGCUACCGCGAUGCAAGUUCUGUGGCGGAGAGCAUAAAUUUGCCAAAGGUGUCUGUCCAGCAUUCGGUCAAAAGUGCUACAAAUGCAAGGGCAAAAAUCAUUUUGAGCAAGUGUGCAAAAGGAAACGUCGGGAUCACAAACCGAGGAAGAUCAAAGAGAUCCAAAAGGACAGUGAGACAGAACCAUCAUCGCCGGAAACAAACAUGUCAUCAGACGAGUCAGAGGAGUUUGAGAUCGGAAAAGUAUAUGAUAAUUCCAGUUCUGGAGGAUGUGUGCUAGCCGAGCUAGAACUAAAAUUUGACAAUAAGUGGAAAUUAGUAAUGUGUGAAGUGGAUACCGGAGCCAACACAAGUUUAAUUGGCUACAACAGCUUAGUGGAAUUAUGUGGGGUUAGGAAUCCACCACUGUUAUCGUCUAAAUUUCGCCUACAAAGUUUUGGGGGGAAUCCCAUAAAGGUGUUGGGGCAAGUGAAAGUGCCAUGUCGUCGUUCGGGAAGGAAGUUUCGCCUAGUGUUGCAAGUGGUAGACGUCGAUCACCGCCCCUUGUUGUCGGCAAAAGUUUCUCGGGUGCUUGGGCUUGUGAAAUUUUGUAAUACGAUUACUUUCCCCGGCCCAUCAACGGGUGCCGACGACAUCUACGAAAUAUAUAAAGUGGAAGCUCGGAAGAUAGUGGAAGAAUACCAUGAGUUAUUUGAGGGGUAUGGAAAAUUACCGGGCACAGUGCAUUUAGAAAUCGAUAAUAGUGUAACACCAACAAUCCAGCCACCAAGAAGAGUUCCGCUGGCUGUACGUGAAAAAUUGAAGGUUGAAUUGGAAGAUCUCGAGAAGAACGACAUCAUAGUGCGGGAAAAUAACCAUACCGACUGGGUAAGCAAUAUUGUUGUGGUCAAACGCGGUGGUCCUGAUUCAGGCGUCCGAAUUUGCUUGGAUCCAGUGUUGCUCAACAAAGCCUUGAAGCGUCCUAACCUCCAGUUCGUAACACUGGAUGAAAUACUACCGGAAUUAGGUAAGGCAAGAGUUUUUUCUACCGUCGAUGCCAGGAAAGGGUUCUGGCAUAUUGAAUUGGAUUCGCCCAGCAGUAAGCUGACAACGUUCUGGACCCCUUUCGGAAGGUAUAGGUGGAAACGUCUACCGUUUGGAAUAGCUUCAGCACCAGAGCUGUUCCAAAUCAAGCUACAAGAAGUGAUCCAGGGACUCGACGGCGUAGAAUGCAUAGCAGAUGAUCUUUUGAUUUACGGAGCUGGUGAUACUCUCGAGCAGGCACUGGAGAACCACAAUCGUCACCUCAGAGAUUUAUUCAUGCGUCUGAAAAAGUUCAACAUCAAACUCAACAAAUCAAAACUCAAACUCUGUGAGCGCUCGAUAAAGUUUUAUGGCCAUGUCCUUACGGAUCAUGGUUUGAAACCAGAUGAAACAAAAAUUGAGGCAAUCCGUAGUUUUCCUACUCCUACCAAUCGCAAGGCCGUACAUCGAUUCGUUGGGAUGGUCACGUAUUUGGGAAGGUUCAUGCCAAACCUGAGCGCCAGCUUAUCAAACCUACGGAAGCUCAUUCUGGAGUCGACACCGUGGCAGUGGACUUCUGUUGAAGAAAAAGAGUCCAAAGAAAUUAAAACCGCCGUUUCCAAAAUAUCUACUCUCCAAUACUACAACAUAAACCAACCGGUUACAAUCGAAUGCGACGCCAGCUGUAUAGGUUUGGGCGUAGCAGUCUUCCAAGAUAACGGUGUGGUAGGAUAUGCCUCCAGAACUUUGACCCCAGCCGAAAAAAACUAUGCUCAAAUAGAGAAAGAACUUCUCGCCAUUUUGUUCGCCUGUGUAAGAUUUGAUCAACUUAUAGUAGGCAAUCCUCGAGUCAUAGUUCGCACAGAUCACAAACCUCUCCUUAACGUUUUCCAAAAACCGCUACUCUCCGCACCACGUCGACUACAACACAUGCUGCUGAACCUACAACGUUAUAACCUGACAUUAGAAUUUGUUACAGGAAAGAAUAACGUUAUCGCAGAUGCACUUUCUAGAGCACCGAUUCCAGGCUCAAUCGAGGAAGACCGGUACGAAAAAAGGAACAUAUUUAGGAGAAACUAG